AUGCCCGUCGACAAGUCUGCCCCUCUCGGGCUGGGCGCCCUCGGCCAGCUCGACGCUGUGGCCAUCGUGGCCAACGUGGGCACGCCCAAGAAGUGGCGAAGUACCUUCCGGGGGUGCGGAAUUCGGCUGGGCGACAUCACAGGCGCCGUGGACAGCCGGGCCGGUAC